CCAAAACGGAGCUAAAAUGAGAGAGAAUAUUGAAUUUACGUUCAUCAGCUGACCAGAAACUCCAAAUGAAUAAUCAUGUGUAAAUAGGCAACUGUCUGCCCUAACCCAACUUUAUUAGGUGAUCAUACAUCACUCUUGUGUUAACGAGUUUGUUGUAACCCAGAAAAAUCAAUGAAUGCUUCUUUAAAGCUGCUCAUCCUUUCACCUACAUGGAAGCAAAUAUGCUAUAAGCCACACACAUGCAUAAUGAAGCCUUUUUGCCUGUUUUCUUCCCUCCAGUCCGGUCCCAGACCUUCCAGGAAAGUCCUUCUUCUCCUUCAGCAAUGAGGACUUCUUAGAGUCGAGAAGAAAAGGACUUCAGGCCUUCUUGGACAAAGUGGUGCACAUGACAGUAUGUCUGUCAGACAGCCAGCUCCACCUCUUCCUGCAGACCCAGCUGCCAGUCGGUCACAUCGAGGACUGCGUUCAGGGCCACACUCCCUACUCCGUGACGGACGCCAUCCUCACCUACGCCUCGUCCAAUCUGGGCUUCGCUCAGGCUCAGGAGGACGACUCCAUCAAGGAGCCAAGUUUGACCGUUUCGUACGAGUCCAUGGAGAGUCCAGCUCCUCACCAACCCUGCCUACAACCUAAAGAGACCUUCAGCCCUGAGCUUGUGGCAUGUAGCGACUCUGACCCUCUAGAAGAUCUACAGCAGCUCUGUGAUAAGGAUACCGCUGUAAGGCUCGUCCAGAAGAACAACCAUCUAGAGGCUGUCGUUGAGGACUGCGGCCCCACAGAGGCCAGCUUUUUGCUAGGUGACAGCCAGGACGACCGUGAGAGCCUGAGCCUCGCAGAGCCGACGCAGCAGAGGAGCUGCCGGAUACAGACACCGGUGGAGGUGCACUCGCCCAUGGGGACUGGCUUCGAGGAGGUCUGUGGCGUGGACGGCGUGUUUGAGGAGGUGUGUUCGGUUAAAGAGGAGAGCGUUGGGACUUUAGAUGCAGAAGAAAAGGCCGUUGAGGAGAACGCUGAUCAACAGGAAAGUUCUGAAGACGCAAAUAUAAACAAUUCUGAGCCGGAAACACUGAAUUCUGUAGCAGUUUUAGAUUUUAAAGACAGUGACGCCAGAUCUCAAGAUGAAGUUGUGGAAGAGGUCUGCUCUGUGAAGCAGGUUUUAGAAAACCGUAUCAUCUCUGAGGUUAAUGGUGUUGAGCAUGCUGACGGCACUGAGGGUCACGCUGCAGACGUCAGCUGUACGGAGGAGCUUAAGAACUCAAAAGAGCCAGACAACAAAAGUUCAGAAUCGGAGAGCGAAGUGGAGACGCCACUCGCGUCACAAAUCCACGAAGAGACCGCCGAUGUGCAAAGUGUUGGCGGUGACACUGAACAAAAGGACCAAAAGCGAGUUGAAGAAGACGUGGAUUUGGUCGGGAACAAAGACGAGAGCGACGAGGACAGCCACUCACUGCCAUCUUCCAACGACAGCAUCGUCAAGGUCAGCGAUGAUGAGAGCGUCUGUGACGAGGCCGAGGACUCGAUCCUGGAUGCCAACGGCUACGUGAAGACGUCUCCUGAGGAGGUCGCUCUCUGGUCGGACGUAGACGCCUCCAGUAUAAACAUUCUGGACCUUCACAUGAACGGAUGCACCGUGGAAAAAGACGGCAUUCCCACCCGGGAGGAUGAGGACCUGGAAUACACGGCGGAGAUCAGUGACUUGAGUAAAUCGUUGGACCUUAACUCGGCCCUAACUGCGGCAGAUUUGACUGAAAACAGCGACUUCAGCAUCUUAGAGACGAGCUGCUCGCCCGGAUUAGCCGACAGUUAAUGCACGGAGCAGGAAACGCUGUCCUCGCUGUCUUUGGACGCCACGGAGGAAACUCAUGAGGUGGAGGUGCAUUAGUUAAACAACUGAAUGGGGUUAAUUCAGGAGUUGCUGCCUGUUAAAGACAUAUUUCAUCACAGCGCACGUACACAAGGUGCUGAGUGGCAUUUCAAAAUAUCUGCGCAUUAUAUAGCGUCUUCACAAUGCGAAUAAUCUGGUGUCUGCCAACCAUAUUACGCUUUUUUGGUAUGUUUAAUUUUAAAUUGAAUACCUUCAUUCACACUCAGGUACACCAAACACAGUCUCUAACUGACUCCUCUGCUGUGGAUGAUGUUUGCCUUUUUGGGAACAGCAGAGGGCGCUCACGUUCACAAAAGGAAACAUGCAUCUUAGGGUUGAUUUUAUCCAUAUAUAUAAAGAGCUUAAAGGUUUUAUUGUCGAGUGAAACGGACAAAACGUACAUUUUAAUGGGAUUGUGGUUCAAUAACGACAGAUUAUGACAGUGGUAUACACUUGAAUUAAAGGUUAGAUUCACAUUUUCUAGUCUAGAUUAACAUUUGUGUGUCUGUAUGUUCUUUGAACGAGAGAUACCUUCCUGAUGAGAUUUUAAAAAACACACACUGCAUCUAAAAAUGCUUUCUGAAGUCCAGCUGAAGCUAAAAGAGGCCUCAAUAGAUGUGAGUCGGACAAAUGAGGUUACUGUUUACUACCAGUUUCUGUCGGUGUUUCCUUGCUGAGCUGUGACGGCGAGAGAGAGGGAAUUCAGAACAAAUAAGACUUUGGUAGAUGAUGAAAUGAACUGUAGUUAAACUUUAAAGACUCUAGGUUAUGUGUCUGUUUGAUCACUUAGGAAGGGAUCUCUGUACGCACAGCAGGAACAACUACAUGGAUUGUAUAAUACGGGCAUGUUGGUAUCGUUUUAAGACAGACUUGAGAAGAUCUAUCCUUUAAAGUCACUGGAAUAAUCACACACAGCUUUCCUGUUCUGAUUUACAGCCUCACUUAAUGUGAAACCCAUUUUAAAAAAAAUCACUGUACUAUUUAUGUCAACAACUGUGUACUACUGGAUCAUGAUCAUGUAAGUUUAAUGCUGAUAUAUAAUGUAACUUACUAACGUAGUCGCUAAACCUGGUUGGUAACCUGUUGGGUCAACAUGUAGUGAGUUUACACACACAAUGUUUUAUAGGCUGCAGUGUUAACCGGGUAUUUAUUCUCAGAAUAGUGGAUCAGAGAGGGAAAAUAACAAGUAUUUAGCCCAACAAGAACUUUAUUACGAUAAGAAAUCCGAGUACAGUAGAAGAGUUAUUGAGUUUGCAGCCUCUCUGUAAUGGACACACACAGUUUCAGUCUUGUGAUCUUGACAUUGUCGUUUCUGUGACCUGUUCUGUUCUUUACAAACACUAACACUUAAAAAAACACAAUAACUAACUACAACCUUUGACUCCUUGUGUAAGCUGGCUGCAGUUUGACCUCCACGUUGCUUUCACACACUACUGCUUGUGAUUCAUUUUGUUUUUAAAUAAUAAAAGGGACCCAGAGUUUUAUUGUGCCGCUGCCGCAGACGUACCGGGACCUCGCAGGUGGAUUGUGGAGUGCUGGCUUUUGCUUUCUUUCUACACUGUAAAUGAAUAGUUUCUUUUUCUUUUUUGCUUUUUAAAAGUUUUUUUUAAAAUGUUCAGACGCAAAAGCCCCCCCUUUUUAAGGAGACCUUUUAUUUUAUAACAUGGAUCUACAAGGGCAAUGAUAAAACAUCCUGAGUUUCUGUGUCCAUGUAAAUACACAACAAACUACAAUCUAAUUUUAUUUCAAAUAAAUAGUUUUUCUUCUUUA